AACAACAACAACAACAACAACAAAGUCAUCAACCUUCACUGCACGGUUUCUUGGGUACCACGAUGAUGUCUCCUUUGCCUCCUCCUCCUAUUCCGACCACACAACAACAUCAACAGUCAUCGCAAUUAGCACAACAGCAACAGCAGCAACAACAACAGCAACAUCCUAAUCAACAUCAACACAUGCAGCACCAUCCUUUAUUACCACCGCCUCCAGGAACCCUUCUUCCUCCUCCAUCGACAAUCACAUUGCCAGCAUCUGCACAAGCGAAUUUGACUUCAUCCAGUCCUAAUACAAGUGCAACAAUGAACUCGGCAUCCAUUCCUGUCAUACCAUCUGCAUCUAACACGGCAUCCUCAUUACCAUCAUCAUCUAUCAUGAUUCAAAAGCAAUUUGAUGCUUUACGGAAGAGAGUCUUGGCAUUUGAUCAAUUAUUAGAACGACAGAAAGGAUUACAAAACAAACAAUUUUUACAAACGGCCACAGAAGCUUUUGCCGCAGCUUAUGAAAUGGUGUCAGCAUGUCAAGCACAAGAACAACAACAGCAACAUCGCCAACAACAACAACAGCAACAUUUUUUGGCUCGUCAUGGAUCAUCAUCAGGUUCCUCAUCAUCUUUAUCUUCUCCAUCAUCUACUAUUGGAUCAUCUGCAUUGCCUUUAUCGAAGUAUACCACUCAUUACAACCGGAAAAACGAUGGAUUAGAUUAGAAUUCUUGUUUUUAGUUGUUUAGUAUGAUUUUAUGGUUUAGAAACAUCCGUUAGGGAUUAGUUUAACAAAAAAGAAAAAAAUUAAGAGAUGUGGGAUGAACGUUUUGAAUAAAGAAUAUAUUAGAGAUUA